UCCGAGGUUUGAUUAUCCGGGCACUGACGAGGUAUGGCGUCUGAGCCGAGUGAUGAUAGUUCGCAAGUGGAAGCUACUGGAGGAGCGGAAAGCAGUGACGAUGAUAAAUCAGAAAAGCUCGCGUAUUUUCAGGAAUUGACCGCAAUUGGUGAUAUAGAACGAUGCCGAGCCACGUUGCAGCAGUACGAUUGGAACUUGGAAGUUGCAGUUGAGGCUGUCCUCAAUAUGAAUGACAGUGGAGUGGACAUUGCAAGCACGUCUCAGCCUGGGACUGAAGUGCGUCAGCGAAGAGUCGCUGCAAGUCUUCGAGAACUCGCAGAGAACCAGCAAGUUCAACAGCCAGUGCACAGAGUCGUGCCCAUGCAACGUCACCAGAAUUGGUCUACGUGGCUGGUCGAUCUAAUCCUCCUUCCCGUCCAUUAUUCCUUCUCCACCAUCUGGAGCAUCUUCAGAUUUCUGGGUUCAUUCUUGUUUCCCGUUUCCCAGUCUGCUAUCGACUCCAUUGGAGACGUUACUCAAUUUAUAUCAACGUUUGAGUUGCAGUAUGGAAACAGCCAUCCAGAGUUUUUUCGAGGAAGUUAUAAUGAUGCUUUGAGUAAAGCCAGAAGAGACAUAAAGUUUAUGCUAGUGUAUCUGCACUCGCAAGAUCACAUGAGGACCGAGCAGUUCUGUAGGAAUGUCGUGUGCUCGGUGGGAUUUACUGAGUAUGUUAAUGCUAAUAUGAUUUUUUGGGCGUGUGAUGUCAAUACUAGAGAAGGAUAUCGAGUAUCUCAAGUAAUGCGUGAGGCUACGUAUCCAUUUCUUGCUAUACUGUGUAUGCAAGACUCGCGAAUGAUGAUAGUAGAACGUAUAGAAGCUGGACUAAUGGACGCCGACAACGUGCUCGCUUCACUCGUUAAUGCCGUGGAAACAAACGAGCCGUCCCUCGUUGCAGCGAGAGUUGACAGGCAACAGCACAGCGCAUCUGUUGCUCUCCGUGAGGAGCAGGACAUGGCGUAUCAAGAGUCUCUUCGUCAAGAUCAAGAAAAGGAAAGAAGACUAAUAGAACAACGGGAACAUCUGAGAUUAGAAGAAGAAGAGAGACUGAGGAAGGAACAAGAGGAGAGAGACCUGUUGAAGUCACUAGCCGAACAGCGAGCAGCAAAGCAACGUUGCCUGCCACCUGAACCCGAAGCCGGAAGCGACAACUCCACAAGAGUCGUCAUCAAACUACCAAAUGGUCGUCGUCUAGAGCGGCGCUUUGCCAAAACAGAUUCACUCCAAGUGCUGUACGACUACGCGUUCUGUAGCGACGAGACGCUCCGCAACUUCGUACUCGUCAAUAGCUACCCACGUAAAGAGCUACACAUCAAUCCAGACACUAACAUGUCAACACUAGAAGACUUUGGACUUAUUCCGUCGGCUAGUCUCUUCGUACACAAUGAAUCGGACGAUGCCGAUUCAGACUAA